GUGUAUUUGCUGUUGGAGUAUCAACACUAGGUUUUGUUCUGUUCUCUGUUGGUGUAUUUGCUGUUGGAGUAUCAACACUUGGUUUCACUGUGCUCUCUGUUGGUGUAUUUGCUGUUGGAGUAUCAACACUUGGUUUCGCUGUGUUCUCUGUUGGUGUAUUUGCUGUUGGAGUAUCAACACUUGGUUUCACUGUGUUCUCUGUUGGUAUAAUUGCUGUUGGAGUAUCAACACUUGGUUUCACUGUGCUCUCUGUUGGUGUAUUUGCUGUUGGAUAUCAACACUUGGUUUCACUUUGCUCUCUGUUGGUGUAUUUGCUGUUGGAGUAUCAACACUUGGUUUCAUUUUGCUCUCUGUUGGUAUA